CAGUGGCGUACUUCUGUCAUGUAGACAAGGAGAGUUGCGUCUCUUCUUCAUUCAUUCUUGGGAAAGCCAAAGUUGCUCCCGCCCAUGGACAUACUAUUCCGCGACUCGAACUCUGUGCGGCGGUGCUGGCUACCGAAUUAGUCCAGGUCGUCUGUGAACAGCUGGACGUCGAUCCCGCAACUAUCCACUAUCACACGGACAGCAAUGUAAUCCUGAAGUAUAUUUGCAACAAGGUCCGCAGAUUCUACGUCUACGUAUGGAACCGUGUUGACAGGAUCCUCAACGUCUCUAAACCCACGCAAUGGGCACACAUCAGCACCGAUAAAAACCCAGCGGACAUCGGGACACGGUGCAUCGAAGCCGAUAAACUCACUGGCAGCUUGUGGCUCGCAG